AUGCCAGCCUACAAAGACAUGCUGGUGUUUGCAGCCUUCUGCAGCAUUUUGGGACUGACCCAAUGUCAAAAAUUACCAAGUAAGUUUGUUUUUUCACUUCCCUUGAAACUGGCAUAUUAAAGUAAAACUGACUUUGAAGCAUCACUGACUUGUUGGCUGUCUAAGCUGCGUUGAGCUCGUUCCUGAUCACUUUUAAAUCACCUUUUUGCCACUACACUUCUCGUUAAAAACAUUUCUAAUCAAAGUCAGAUGGUUUCUGACUGGAUAAGCUUCACUUAAAUACCUUAUAUAUUUCUGACAGAUUAACUUCUCAUGUCCUGAAGAUUGUAAUAUUUUUCUUUGACCAGCAGAUGGCAGUGUUUGUCAGUUUUUGUCCAUUGUAGACUCAUUAAGGUAUUUCUCACUCUCAGUGUCUUUGUGGACAUAAGAGGUCAAAGAGGUCAUCUUUAGGUCAAACCGAGCACAGGAACCUUUGAAGCCCUGCAUGAGUUGACCUGUUACCAUGACAACACAAACUCAAUUGCUUAGACCUGCACUAGUGUUGAGAUGCACUUGUAGUUGUUGUCACAGCUCAUGUUGUUGUUCGUUCGGCGGGUCUUUUUGGGUCGUUUUCCAUCAUUUGUAAUCAGAAUAUUUUAGGAUAUUUUGUCAGUUUUUAAUCUAAUGAGAAUCACCACAGACACACUGAUUUCACUCAAACUGCAGAACAAAGUGGUCAGUGUUUGGAGCUCAGAAGCCAAAUACAACAGUGGCCUGCUUAUGCGAACAAGUCUAACAGAUGACCUCAUGCACCUGUGAGAGGAUAGUGUUAUCAGUGACAACUGUUUAAAUACAUGAAUGAAAUCAUCGAUGACAUAAGAAUUAGAAACACCUCAGCACCUCUGAUUUUGGGUUGGUGUGAUCUCAGACUAAUCUGUUUUUGUCCUGUGAGGUUUUGAUCUGCUGGAGGAGUUUCAUGUGCCCGAGUCUAGAGGAGUGAGGAGAGUGGACGGCUCUCAACCUGAGGCGGUAGCUUACAGAGUCAACCCAUCAAUCCACCUGCGAAGGAGCAUGAGGUACGAAAGUAAAACCAGGGACUGAAAAUAUAUUAGCUUGAUAUACACUGGUUUGCCUGUGCAACUGAGUCCGUUGUAGACUCCAAAUAAAGACAGAGUAAAACACACCAGGGGGAGAAAUGUAGAUAUAACUGAACGGUCUUUCUGGUGGGGAAUUGAUGAAAAUUUUCAAAACAAAACAAACCAACUUAUAUGUUUAGGUUGGAGUUUCUCAAAAACAGCUAAAUUACAUGGUGAAACUGACCAUGUCUACAGGGGCUGAUAGCCUAGCCUGUACUUCAGCUGAGGCCAAGCUGACUAGGAUAUCACACUGACUAAAGACAACCUCACUAAAUAAAAUAAAAAAAACAAAUACCCCUCUUAAAGUAGACAGACUUGAAAGUUUAGGAUCUAAAUUAUCUGUUCUCAAGCUGGCUUACACCAACGUGACCAGAUUUCUGUACUGAAAUCCAGGGACUUCUGGGGCUGUGUGUGGGGGGAAUGGGUUGUGUGAUCACAGACAACAACUUUGUAGUACUUUGUAGCAUACCCACCGUAGUAACCCCCCAUAAAAACUGUUGUACAGGACUGCACAACUUUUUAUUUCUCAUUCAUGAAACGCUUAAAUCGUGGACAUUUCCAGGGGACAGUCUUUUAGCCGGGGACAGGUCAUCCAAAACAGGGACUGUCCCCGGAAAUCGGGUACAUCUGGUCACCUUGGCUUACACUGUAGUCCCCUCGGAAACAUCCCAAGAUCUAUUACCUACAUUAACAUGCCAACCAACAUCCUUGGUUAUGACAAUAAACAUGGUGGUCCUACACCUGCUUUCCAUCUCCAUAUUAGCAUUGCAUUAUGAGCUAACACAGAGAGUUAGCGUUUAGCUCAAAACUAGGCUGUACAUGGAGAGCCAGUGUAGCCUAGUGGUUAAACCCUCCAAAGACUCUUGUCCUCAAAGCAGGCUGCCUGAGUACGAGUCCUUGGCACAUCAUUCCUUACUUCCUCCUCCUUGUUUCCUACUCUAACCGCUGUCCUCCCCCAACAAAAGCAUGAAAUUAAAAAAAUAAUCUUCAAUAAAGUACAAAAGAAAUGCGAUGCUGUACCUCACAAGCUACCAGCAUGUCUGCAGACGACUCGGGUUUUACUUUGAAUCUUUGUUCUCUGAAUGCUGCAUUGUCUCUAAGUUUGCUGAAAAUGUGUUUUGUUGAAAAGGAGAAAACAAAGAUUGCUUGUGUGCUUCAGCAUCAUCAUAACAAACCUCAUAAAAAGUUUUAAACUAAAGUGUUGUAUACUAAUGUGAAGUUUAGACAUGAGAUUUUGGAGGCUCUGUUUCUGCUUAUUCUCCCACUCAUAAAAUAAAACCCUCAUGUUCCCACAAAAGCCUUUAAUUGUUUUUUAAGAUGGCCGGCUUUCUCUGAUCCCGCUCUCUAAAACCUCUCUCUCUCUCUCGUGCCGCAGAGAUGUGUAUCCAGAUGGACUCCCCUCAAAUUACUCCGUCAUCGCAACAUUUAAAGUGACCAAAGACGCUGCUAAGACGUCCUGGGACCUGUGGCAGGUCAGCGACCCACAGGGACGAGAGCAGGUGGGGCUUCGUUUCCAUGGUGAUACUCGCUCUUUGGACUUCUUCUACAGCAGCCCUCACGGGAGCCAGAUGCUGAGGACCUUCAGUGGCGUGGAGAAGCUGUUCGACGGAGAGUGGCACAAGCUGGCGCUCAGCGUGAAGGGAGGUCAAGUGAAGCUGUUGAUAGACUGUGAGGAGGUCAGUGUGGAGUCCAUCGACGAGGCCAGACCGGUCAUCCAGCGAGGGUUCACCUCCAUCGUGAAGCGAGCUGCAAGAGAUCGCUCGAUGUCUGUAAGUUGACCUCUAGGAUUUGCACGUUUCUACACUCAUAUUUCAGUUUCCUUUGAUUUGGGAUGCAAUUUAAGUUCUCAUUUCAUCUCCAGGUGGACCUCCAGCAGAUGGAGGUGUCAUGUGACCCAGACCAGGCUUAUUCAGAGGGCUGCUGCGAGCUCUCCAACGUGGUGAGUCAGCGAUUACUCAGGAUGGUUUCUCCGCUUCUAUUAAAGAAAAGUUUUGAGUUUUAAACCCUUCUUGAACCUUCCCAUCUGUUUUUAGUGUGGAGGGUACGCAGAGAUCGGCCUGACAGCUGGAAGACCAUCCUGUAAAUGUAUGCACGGACAACCUGGCAUUCAGGGACGAUCAGGGCCAAAGGUAAGUUUUUUAAACUUAAGAAAACUGACAGGAAACUUUGAUAAGAAAAAAUGAAUGUAUGAAAACACGUUUAUUUCUCUUCUACAGGGUCACAGAGGUCUUCCAGGAAAUCCUGGAGACCUGGGAAGACAAGGAAACUGGGUAAAUAAAUUCACUUUACGUCACAAAACCCCCAAGACUACAGCAGUACUAAAACGAUUUUGUCUUUACUGAUACAACACUACCACAAAGAGUCAGGUAUAAGCUGAUAGAGAAGCCUUUGAAUACUCCUGUCAACAAACAAUGAACAUGUUACUGAUCCAAAAAUGUUCAUUUUUGACAUUUUGUCAGCUUUCUCUAACAUUAAAAUCAAACAAGAAUAACAGGCUUUUGUUUGUUAAUGUCUUAUGAUAGUUUGCCUGAUAUCAGAAAGUCAUAAAUUAUGGGAUGUCAUCACAAAGUUGCACUAGCUCGGCUUCUGACCCAUACCAGAUGCUUAAUUUUAGGCCGUAUUGGAGGUUUAUAACUAAAUUAGUAUUGGAGAAAUGUCCUAUCAGGGCUAAGAGUUCACUGUUUGAGUUGGUAGCACUGAGCACCAGCAAAAAUGGAGAAACACCAACUGAAUAUUAAAGCGUUAUUACCAUCACUCUUGACUGAUGUCACAACUUGGCAGGCUUAACCAGUUAACCACAGCUCACUGUAACAGCAACAUUAGGAGCAAAGGUUGUCACCAGAGCAGAAUUUCAAAUGUCUAGUCAGUUCUAGUAAAAAACAAACAAACUUUAAACCUCCUCAAAAAAAACUCCAACAAAGACAGAACUCCAACCACAAAUUCUUAUUUUCAAUUUCCAACCUGCACACAGUACCGUUACAGGAACAAGCCAAGUCAGCUGAACAUAUACCAGUCCAUUUAAAGCCCCUCACUGGCUUUUGUAGUUCACAAAGAGGUGUCACUGUAAACGUCAGUGGGUUCAAAAACCACACAAACCUCCUCACAUGAGCCUUAAAUACUCUAAAAGACAAAUGGGAAUGUUUAGCGACCUUUAGCAGGCAGAUUCUAGAUUAAAAUGCUCCCUUGCUCACCCCUCUUGGUGACACAAUGGAAGCCUUUGAAGACAGAAAGUUCCUGUGAUGCAUUUUAAGUAUGAUGUUUAUACCAUUACAAACAGCUGCCAAUAUAAAUGAUCUUUUUUGCAUAAUCCCGCUCUGAUUUUAAACCAUCACAUAAAUACACAAAUGUUUGUAAGAAGUUUGUCCAAUCUGUGCCACCAUAGAAACAUGGCUGUACAAGACAGUGACCUGCUCCUGUGUAGAUAGAAAAAGCUCAUACUGAAAAUAUAAAAUAUCUAUUUUUAUAUUCAGGAGAUUAUACGCUAAUUUUAAAAUACUCAGCCUAAACCAACUCUGACCUGUCAGAUGCUUCUAAAUACCAAACCUUUAACAGUAUAAAACGUUGUAUUGAGAAGGACUGACCCAUCUUGAAAUGCCUUCUGAAGAUUUUUUAAGUCUCUGUACUUUUUCCUACCACUAAAUGUGAAAAAAUCCAUACGGUAUCAUAAAGUAUAAAGAAAUUUGACGACCUUAUUAGCAGCAUCCCUCGCCUUUUGCCGUCCAAUAAAGAGUUAAACCAAACUGUGGGUGAGUGACAUUGUAAAACCUUGUGAGACAGCAGCAAAGCUGUGGAAAAUGGCAGCAGAAGUACAACUGAGACAGGACAGGAUGGAAACAGAUCUGGAAGCAGAAGCUCUCAGCGAUAGUAAACAUAGGGGCUCCUUUCAUAGUCUGCACACUCAUGUCCGCUCUGCUAAGGAAUCAAGACGACGCCAAGACAAACAUGUAACGAUACAGAUGUGACAAUAAAUUUGUUUUUGUAGUCCUGAAAUAGCCAUUUUGCAUGUUUCAACACAGGAACCGAGUAUAGGAUUAAGCAGAUUCUGGCAAACCAUCACAGGGUUUUCUAAUGGUUUUUGCUUUUCCAUUUGGAAGAAACUGAGCCCAGCUUAAUGAAUCCCACACACACACUGGGAAACGAAGCAGAUGAGCAUCAACGCUCCAAGUGUCUGGUAAUGAGCGGCAUUCGUCUGCCUCGCUGUUGAGUUCGAUAUCUCUGAUAAUUCAUCUUUUGAUUUCUUUAUUUUUGUGGAUAAAACUAACAAAUUUACAGUCAAGAUUACGGGAGAAAAAGACAAUUUUGAGAAAAUUCAACGAACAAAACGUACUACUUUCAGGAGCCAGCCACACAUGCAUGAGUGAAUGAACAAAUACACUCACAUUAGUAUCCUUCAGGGAGCCGCAGACGUGAUUAUUUCCACUUUAAAUUUAUGACUUGUUAACCUCUUUGAUGCUCAGCAGUCACUGUAAGCUUGGAUCAGAUUUGAGUCUUUUUAAAACAGUCCGGAGAACAUGUGUGUAAAGACGUUUUUUUUUUUUCAAACAAAUGUGAUGGUUCAAGGUUUAACAUGACCUUCGCACACGAGGAAAUCCCCCCCUUUGCUGCCCGUGCUAACACAUGUAUUCUAGCAUUCAGAGCACAUUUCCAGAGCGGUACAUGCUUCAUAUUGAUGUCCUGAAUUGCAGCUGUAGCUCAUCUGGGAGUAAACAUCUGUCUUGUGUGAGUCGUUAGAGUUUUGACUGUCUGCCAGCUUGUGAAUCACAAAGCCCCAACAUGUUUAUCUCCUCCCCUGCUGGCAUUCAAGGAGGGCAUUUCCUGGCACAGAUAUAUGAAGUGUCCUUCUCAGGUAGUGGGUGGUCCUUUCGCUUCUCUGAGCUAUACGGCCUUAAAGAUGUUGUAAAGUUCACGGUCAUGCCUUUGGCCGUAUCAUCGGCCAUCUUUGAGGUUAACCUGCUCCCAGCUGACUCUGCUUAAAAGUGUUAGGUGAGAUGGUCAAAUAAACUUCCAACACAAAGGGACCGUGGCCUUUUUCAAUCUGUUUGUUGACUCAGUGAAACACAGCCAACUGGAAAACACUUUUACUACUGAGGAAGUCAACAUCUGUGCAAACAAUACCGGGCCAUUCUCUUGCCUUUAUGACGAAUGUUCCUAAAUCCCGCUGAAUAUGCUUGUGUAGAUUUUCCACCAACAUGACAUUUAUAGCAUGUUCACAUUUUCAGCCUAAUAAUCCUCAUUUCGUCCGUGGUUUUAUACAGCUAAUGUUAGGGGAGUAACUUUGGAGUAACUCCUUACAAUAAUACCACUCUCGGAUCUGAGUAGGAAAUGUUUUUCAAAAGCCGGAAAUAUUUCUGCAAAAGCCAGGAGACGCUUAGCCCGGGGGAUUCAAUACAGGGAGAAAAAGCAAGGUAGAUUUGGUUCAGCUGCUAUCUCGACCGUGCACAUCUCAAAAGAGACAUUUUGAACAAAACUAAUUAAAAUAAAACUAGCUUGACUGGCACUCUGGGGUUAAAGAGAGCCCCCAAAUGCACAAGUACUUCUUCCCUCACACAUAUGGCAUUUAAAAGGAAUUGAAAAGUCACGGACAAAUUUCCAAAGACAGAAUAAAAUCCUGAGAUUUGGCAUCAAGAGGUCAUAAAACUCAUUGAAGUGCACAGCAAUAGUAACGUGAACAGACAGCAGCAUGCAGGGGAAAGUUUUUUUAGUGAAAAUACAUCACAUGUUUUGUCAAAAACAGUCGCCAUGGUUAAUUGGACAUCAGAAGCUGCCAUCUUGGUCGUACACAAAUACAGUGAAGCAGUGCUCCUGUGUCACCAUCUUAAAUAACGGAUCCUGAUUAGUCUAGUAUACCGCCACCAAGGGAGACCCACAUGCCAGCAAAAAUGGAUAUGAGCCGGCUGAUGGGUCUGGAAACACCAGGCUACAAAGAUUUGUGCCGUGCUGACAAUCGUCUUUGGAUGUGUGGGGUUGUCAGUCAUAACUCUUUAAGAAGUCUUUCAAAGAUUUUCCCUCCAGUUCUUUGGUUUAAUACACCAAAGAACUGGAGGGAAAAACUUUAAAAGACUUCUAUAACGACCCCGCACAUCCAAAGACGACUGUCAGCAAGGCACAAAUCUCACUGACACGCACUCAACAGAAAAAAACUAUCAUGAUUAAAAGUGUUAAUUUAGAUGUUGUGGAAGUCAGACUAACCCUUCUCCAGACAGAGCUCAGUUGUUUGUGCGAACUGUUGCUUGGAGCUUCAUUGGGAAUGUGAUGAUAAAUCCUGGGAUACCCCAGCUUUUCCAUGAUUUAAGUUCAGCUGUGAUUUACUAACCUGUAUGAAAAUUGGUGACUGUUUUUUGUGCAUCUUAUAAAAGCAGCGGUCGAAAACAGGCCUAAGGGUUAUCGUAAGGAGAUUAUGUUAGCUUUGCAGAGAUAUCGGCUGGCUGUCUCCUCCUGGCUCUAGUUUAAUACUGAGCAAACUCAUCCUGGCCUUUACUUACCUGGCCCUGAACCCUAAGCAAUAAAUCGAAACCUUAAGACAUGAAUAUACGUCCUAAACCCUUAGCCCUAAAUCAAACCCUAAGCCCCAAAUAUAGGCCCAAUACCUAAGCUCUAAACCCUAAACUCUAAGCCCUAAAUAUAGGCCCUAAGCCCCAAAUGUAGGCUCUGUACCCUAAGCUCUGAACCCUAAGCCCUAAACUGAAACCCUAAGUCCUAAACCCAAAGCCCUAAAUAUAAGCCCUUAGCCCUGAAAGACUUAAUUGUUGUUACCUGGAACACAAUUGAGUGUACUGAAAUGAUAGAGUAUUGAGUAAAGACCAGGAUGAGUUUCUACUUUACAAGUAUAAGAAUGAAUCCAACUGCUACAAAGCACAUUAUCAUAUACGUAUAUAUGAAGCUGUAUAUUUUCCUUUUCAUAAUUUAUCAUGUCUGUGUUGUAACAGUGACUACGGACACAUCAUUCGAACAGUUUAUCUGCCUGGUGCAUCCAAAGUUUAAUCUUAUAGAGUCAUUAUUUUCUCACACCGCUCCGCUUACAAACAAUCAGCUGCAGGGCAACAAGUCUUUCUUAUGAGUGAGUGAUCCUUUUCUUUUUCUCUUUUGCAGGGGAUCAGGGGAAACACAGGAGACUACGGCAUCCUGGGGGAGACAGGCCCGAGGGUAAGAUUUACCUUCAUGUGCUCCUAUCAGGGUUCAGUUUGGCACGUUUUCAAAAUGCAUUAAUGAAACCUCACACACCCUCCCACAUCCUCAGGGUGAAAGUGGAAUCAAAGGCGAGAAAGGAAUGAGAGGACUCAGGGGCCAAGUGGUAAUUCAUCACACUCCGUUUUUUUUUCCUCAUUUAUGCUCUGAAAUGUUACAAACCUGUAUUAAUGAGCUGUGUAUUGACAGGGAGAAAGAGGUCCGAAGGGGCUGAAAGGAUUAAAAGGGGCGGCAGGCUUCAAGGUAAGCCUAACUGCUGAGCUGAGGCUUUAACUGGCUGUUUCAUUAGGUAAUCUGCAGCCAGUUAUUGACUUUUCAUUAGAUUCCUGUGCAGUUUGUUGCUGGAGUUGUAUAACUUUAUAGAUAACCCAGAGGGUUUCAUGUCGACAUUUGACUCUAAUUAAAAGGGAGUUCGGGGGCCACCUGGAGACCUCGGAGAGACUGGAGAAGCAGGAGAAGCUGUAAGACUAGCUUUCACCCACACUGAUCAACCUUUGUUAGUCAUUUUGUGAAUAAUGUGUUGCUAACAAUCUGUCCUCCUUGAAGGGAGCCAAAGGGGAGAGAGGACAUGAAGGGAUUCCUGGGUUUCAAGGAGUUAAGGUAUUCAAAUUUCCUAAUUUCUAUUCCUGCUUUUUCAGCUCUAGACAGGAUUUAAUUCUUCAUGCUCUGAUUUUUUUUAGGGUGAAAAAGGCAGGACUGGUGUAACAGGGCGAGCUGGGCCCAGAGGAAAGCAGGUGAGCUGUGAAGGCAUCCUGUGCUGUAAAGUCCUAAUUGUACCCUCUAAAGGUUUCCACCUGCUUCAUUUGACGUCUUUAUUCAGACAUGUAAAAGAAACUAGCACUGAAAUAUCCUCAAUUAGAUGUGCUGAAAGGAGCUGAAAGAAGUAUAAACUUCUGUAAUCCUAACCUUUUUAUUCUCUGGUUCACUUUCAACUAUCCAUCUUCCUUCAAAAUCCUCACAUUUGAGUGCUGUGAGUCACUUAAUCAUUUUAAAUGUGGUAAAACCUUGGAGACGAGCUGCCUUUUGGCCUAUGUGUUAUGUCCAUAAACAGUAUUAAAACACGUGAAUGAUCUUGGCUGCGAUCUGACGGCCCGAGAUAUAUCAACAUGAGCUGAUGAGUCACUGAAAGAAGAGCCUUAACCACAACGAUAACCUCUCUAUUGUAUAUAAAACAAGACCUUUUUGGGUUCUAUGUUGCUGUACGGACAAAAUCUGUUCCAUAUGAUGAAAAAUCUGAAUUUAUGCUGUUUCGUAUGAUGAUUUGACAGGGUAUCGUGGGAGAUCCUGGAGAGAGGGGCACCGCUGGAGAGAAAGGGCAGCCUGUAUGUAACACAAAUUGACCUCUAUGAAAUGAAAACUUGACAGGUUUAUAUGAGGACAUGCAUUUGUUUGAAAUUCAAUGAACAUGCUUUUAUUCUGGACUCUUGAAACAGGGGGUUGUAGGACCUGUGGGCCGAGAUGGCACCAUUGGACCAAAGGUGAUUCCCACUGAGCAUCACAUACAAUACAUACAAUCUUAAAAUAUCUUCACAGUUUGACUAAUCCUUGUAUUUCUACAGGGCAUUGUUGGAGAUCCAGGCAUACCUGGAAGAGAUGGCGACCCGGGAAUAGAGGUAUUUCAUCAUUUUGAGGAAAAGGACUUCUUCAUGAGGUUUAGAAACACUGUGCUUGUUAUUUAUCGGUGAUAUGUGAUCUGUGCAGGCUUAUCAAGGACCACAAGGUCCCAGUGGAAGAUUUGGAAAACUUGGAGCAAAGGUACCUCACUGAUCCUGUUUAUUUUUUGCAAGUUAAUAUGCAUUCAGGUCGUUUUCGCUGAUUUAUUUGUUGUGGUUUGUAUUUUUUUGUAACAGGGAGAGAAGGGUGUUCUUGGGCCAGCAGGAGAAAUGGGUCCCCAGGGCCAAACUGUAAGUCUCUUUUGAGUCACUACAGACAAGCACAUAAUGCAUUUCAUAUGUAAAGUAGUUUGCCAUCUUUAAGAGAAAUGACAAAGUGUAAAGCAGUCCUUUAGGUCGGUUUAAUAAAUGUUUCACUCUCGAGGGCCCAAGAGGUUACAAGGGUUCUGCAGGGAAGCCAGGAAGACCCGGAUUUAUCGGCCCACCGGGACCUACUGUAAGUGCUCCAGCUGAAUUUUUCUGAACUCCUCCAAAACACUAGUUCAUUUUCCUCGAGCCGUUAAACCAUGUCAUGUCUUUGCAGGGACACGUGGGUGUGCCUGGAAAAGCAGGGCCCAAGGUAAAUACAUCCUCAUCCAUUACCCUUUAGAAAUGACAGCAAAAUCACCAAUUAAUUCCACAAUUCAAGAGACCACUAAAUAAUGGUUACCGGUUCAUGGACUCAACUCAAGAUGUGUGGACUCAGAGCCUGAUGAGAAUAUUCUGAUAUAGUAAAUAUUUGCAAACAUAUAAGCUGUUCAUUUUUCAUUUGCCUUGUGCAGGGUGAUACAGGAAUCCAGGGAAUUCAAGGAGUCAAAGGUGCACAGGUACAGCCCUUCAAUUUUUCAUAACCUCUGCUUAUCACUUCAUCUUAUCUUUGAUUAUCUUCACAUGGAUUUACUCUUUUUUUGAAGGGGGCAACAGGAGUCAAGGGGCCAAAAGGAAAGGUGAGCCGUAACUAUGAUAUGAUUUUGAUACCACUAACAACAGUGACUAAGAGGCCUUUCUCACCCAAAGUUCGCUUAGAAGGUCCGGAUCAGGGACCAAAUGUUUACAGUGUUGCAUUUUGCAUUAGGUCCAGUAAGCAUUCACAUGGGACUCUUGUCUGUCACCUGCUCAUUUGGAGCACAAUCUUCAUUGUCCCGCAACGCACAGAGAGUAGCCCACCAGAGAGAACAGUAGGCGUCUUGCUUCUCGCAAUUCACCAGAGGUGGCGGAGACUUUGUGCAAGGAGUCGCCAGGCAUUGAUGCAAAGGAAUGUCUAGAUAACACAUUGUCAGCAUGUUUGUUGAAUAGUAGAACACCCAGGUACCACGGUUCGUUUGCAUGUUCAUACCAAACCAAACAGUCCUGGUGUGAAUGUGCCCUAGUAUAACACUCAACAAGCUGACUAGUCUAAAGUAAGAAAAUAUUUAGACCGCAGUCAAAAUUCAGCACAAUCCACUUUGCCGGGUAUGACUACUGUUAGCGGAGCUAGCACCACCAUCUUUUAGUCCUUCUUGUAGGUUGACGUCCACAUGCCUUUGCUGGUUACACCUCUUUUUCUGCCAGUUCAACCAGUAGUAGACAUGAGUCUAGUAGUCAUGGCAGUAGACAUGAACUGGAGCCACAGUUUUGACUGACUAAAAAACUUUCUGAAUAAAGUUCUGUAGCGAUUAUAAAAGCAUGCUUAUAAUUACUUCAUAACUUCAGUUGGGUUGAGUCACUGAAAAGAGCUGCUUUCGAAGUAUGUUUCCUAAGACUGUAACAUAUCAACCACUUAACCAACUGAAGAUGCUGUUCAACCCACUCUGUUUCAAUCAAUGGAAUCCAUCAAUCAAUCCACCAAAUAACUUAUGUAGAGCAUCUGUACAUGGAACGAGCGCAGUACCACCCACAUCUACGGCUAAAUGAAUAUUGCACAUUUCACAUAUUUUGUUCUCUGACAGAGACCUGCUCUGCAAGCAUGAUUUAUGUUCAUAACUGCAGAAACCAGUCUGAAACAGUCGGAUCACUCUUCCACUGCAGGUCUUUGGGAUACAUUUAAAACUUGCAUUAUGCAUGUCUGCGAAUAUUUCCCUUUACCGUUGAGAUUGUGUCACUGCCUGUUCUAACUUAAUCAUCCACAGAGAAGUCACGAUGUUUCCUCAUUACUUUUCAUAUAGUAUAAUAAAAGUCAUUUCCUUGAAGUUUGUUUCUAUGGAAAGCUGAUACCUCCCUGUGUUCUGUGGGAUGAUUUGGCCCUGUCCUGACAGCAGCUCUGCUCAUGUUGUUAACCUGCUCUGUAGGUUGGAGACAGGGGCGAGCAGGGUCCUCAGGGAGGACGGGGGAAGCGCGGGCCGGCGGGCCCACCUGGACGUUCAGGUACAGUUGGAGUCAAAGGGGUUCGAGGUGAAGGAGGACCAGAUGGCUUUCAGGGGCCCCCAGGUCCACCAGUAAGUAGAAUACCAGCCCCUAAGUCUUUAGUUUCUUUGGCUGAUACAGCAAAUGUUGCUACAGUAUACAGCACUGAGUAGUCAACACUGUAAUGGUCUCUGCUAUAUUUGGCUCUUCGUCUGUCUGCAAAUGAUGGCCCAGAAAAACUGCAGAGUAAUCAUUUACACGGAUGUUCAAACUGACUGACACACAUUUGACACAGUGUUUGCUAACAACUUCAGUGUGAAGAACACAUUGAAAGAGUUACACAUUAGCCCAUAGCUAAUAGUGACUCACAGCAAGGGCGUCAUUUAAUGCGGCUAUAAAUCCAUUAUGAGCCUCAGGAAAUACUGUUGGCUCCAUUUAUUCAUUGCGUUUCCUCUUAGAGUCAGCCAUUGCUUGAGCGUGCCGUGUUCUGUAAUGUUCCAUACUACAUGUCCCACAGUUGGGUCACUUCCAGUAAUGGAUGUGGUAAUGAUUUUCUUACACAGGGCCCGACUCUCCCCGCUCAACACGUGAUUGAGGUUUGUAAGAAAGUGGUUCUGGAGCAGAUGUCCACCUUUGCCAACUCAGUGAAGAGGACGUGUGCUGCAGUUUGUCCUCUCUAUGGAGAUGUGCCAUUGGGUGCCCCCGGUCCCCCUGGACAGAAAGGACCCCCUGGACCUCCUGUGAGUUUUUACAGUUUGGACGGUCAUUAUUCAGCUGAAUCUGCCUAUAAAGAUUUUAUGUCUCACAGAAUAAGCCUUUGGUGUCAUCCAAGGUCCUGUAGACCUUCAGCUGACACACAAAUCCAGAGUGCUGUUAAUGCUCCAUACAUUGUUCAUUUUUUGGCACCCAAGAUGAGUAAAACGCAAACACAUUGUGAGGGUCUGGACUGGACUACAAGAGCUGAAAAACUUGGCAGAUAAACUCGCAAUGAAAACAUUACGGUUUUCCACGUCUCCAUGUGGACAAAUAAGGAGUCACAGACUAGACACUUGGUCUGAGUUGAAUGGGUUUUGGAGAGGAUUGAGGCUAUACUUGGAUUGGAAAGCCUUUUCCACAUUAUAAUAUCAACUCAUGUUCCACAACUUCUUUAAUCACAAUGACUAUCAGGCUGAUAAAUGCUCUUUAAACACCGUCUAUAUUAAAAUAGUUCACUGUUUUAGAUUAUGGUUGGCAUGCCUCAUAUUGUGGCAUUCAAUUCCAAACCAAGAGCAGUGAUGUACCAGCAGAGUACAGUGUUUUCACAACAACAAAUGACAUAGUUAGCCUGAUAAAUCUGUUCACUUUUUGUGCUCAAAGCUGAUCAGAGGUAGACUAACCUUAAUUUAUGACUUAAUAAAAGCACAGCACUGCAGGUUUCAGAAAUACAAAAGACUAAUGAUGUAUUUUCCAAUUGAUGGUGUUGCCAGGGCGACCCUGGUAAUGAUGGCGUUGAUGGAGAAGUGGGAGUUCAGGGAUUCUACGGGGAAGCUGGAGACGUGGGCCGACAAGGAGAACCAGGUGUGAAAAAAACAAUCCUGAUGGAUCGUUUUGAGAGUAUAAUUAAUAAUAAUAUAAAAUAUCACCACUGUCAUUUAUCACUGCUGGUUUUAGGAGGAACCAGAGGUGCAAAAGCAUUCAGAGUAAUUAAUUUUUUUCCUUCGUUGGCUGCGGGCAGAUCACCAAGCUGUAAACACAUCACUAACAUAUAAUCACCUUGUAAAUUUGAUAUAGUAAAUGUGCAGGCAAUAAGUAGCUGAUUUACACAUCCUGAAGACAUUUAGCAACUUAUCGCUUUAUUAGGAGGUGAGAUUCUGGCUACCCAAGGUGAUUAUUCCCUAUUGCUUCAUCACUUCGUAGUUUAUAGUUGGUAGUCUUUUGUCAAUAGAGCAUGAGGUAUGUGUUUCAAACUAUCUUUAAAAUGUUUCAAUCAGUUCACUUUCUUACUUUAGCGGUAGCCAAAAUUAGACAUCAGCACAAGAAUUACUAGUUAGUGCAACUAAUUAUUCAUAUCUGUCUUACUGUAGGCCUGAAAUGUUGGUAAUGUGUAGUGCUUGUGCUGUGGCAGGGGCACACACCAGUAACCAAGGCUCUGUGGGGAAAAUCUGAGUAAAAAGAAGACUGCAGCAUGUUUUCCUGGAUGAUAACUGAAGUCUCCUUUCCUCUUUUCUGAGUUGUACAAAGUUAGAAUACUAAUGGUUCACUGAUACUGGCAGCAUGAUACACAUAUCAACAAGACAAUGAGGGUUGUACUGCAAUUUUUUUUUAGCUAAAGCACUGGUAAGGGAGUAAAUGGAUCAAAAAGUAGAAAUUAAGUUGUAUGUAAACUGUCAACUCAACUAGAGUGGCGCAUAACCGACACAGGUAAGGGGACGUGAACCGGCAAGGAUGACUGACAGCUGGCUGUUAAUGUUAACCACUCAUGACAAAGAUUUUUGAUCCCAUGCUGAGCUGUGCUGAGUCAUUUUAUGCACUUUUAACUGUGUUUUGAUUUGAUUCCUUUGGUUUUAAAUUCCCAUAUGAAGAACUAGGAAAUUAGCCUAUCAUGCAGCAUUCAAAUGAUAAAACUGGAUGGUUCGCUUAUUCGUUUUAUCCAGACGUCUUGAUCCGCAAAAUAACUACAGCACUCGAAAAUGUAAUGAUGUUCAAAUCAGGACAUGUCUAGUUAUCUGUAGAGUUUCAUUUCUUUUCAGUACUUCCAUGACUGGAACGAUCACACUUGACUAACUUUUAUUAUGCAACGUGCUAUAUGGACCUGCCACACCAAAUAAUGUACAGACAUGUAAAUCUUUCAGGCUAGCAUGUAUAUUCUCAGCUUUUAGUUGAGGCUUGGGCAUGAUGUCAUGCUCACGCUACAUUCCUGUGCUAAGCCAGUGAAAUUGAGGAAUAUUUACAAGGUGUUUUAAACAUUUUUUGACCCUGAUGUCAGUAACACGUAUGGUCUUUAAUCAGCAUGUACAGGGUGUUCUUGAGUCCUGAGGAAAAGCUGUUUCAGCCUGUCUGCUAAAAGAAAAUAUGUUUUUAUGCGUCUGUGUGUGCCUGACUUACAGGUGACAAAGGAGAGCAAGGCGAUAAAGGGCCAAAGGGUUACGGCCUACCUGGCUACACUGGAGAUCAGGGACCUAAGGGUGAGUUCAUAUUUAACUAACUCCAAGUGUUUUUUUUUACAAAUCAUUUUGAGCAAAGUCUGUUCUUGAAAUCACAACACAGGGGAGCGUGGAUGUGUUACUGUAAGAGGACUGUGAUGUUUGCCAAACAGGAAAUCAGUUUUCUACGUAAAUGCUCAGUUCUUGGAACCCGUGGAAGCGCUCUGACUCAGUUAACCGAGCGUAUAGAUGAGUGGAGAGUAAUAAAUCAUAUUUCUGUCUGGAUCACAGGUCAGCGUGGACGUCAGGGGAGAGCCUUCAAUGGGCAGCCAGGAAAGCAGGGCGAGAGGGGGCAUGUUGGUCGGCCAGGACUCAGGGGCCACCCAGGUCUCAGAGGACCUCCAGGUGUUUGUCUCACCUCUGGGUGUGCUCAGCCGGAACAAACCAGUCCGAUAACUCAGCCGGCACCGAGGAGGCUGAGAAAUCGUCCCGGUAGAGAAUAA